UUGACAAAAUUCCGCUUACAAGUUAGCGUACAGUGAUUACUCGAUGUUACAGAUAAUGUUGUAUGACAUUAGAACAGAAACAUCGAUAAGUUUGUGAGUGAUAAUUAGGGAUAAUAUUUAACGAAAAUGGCAGGGGAAACAGAACACUUCAUGACAAGCGUUUGUGAAAAUAUGGACGACGGACAAACGAACACAAUCACCCUAAAAAGACAAAUCUAUACUCUCCAGGCAUAUACUGCCAAAUACAAUGAUGGGGGAGAAAACAUUAGUGUCUUUGAUGAAAUCAAGAAGUCCAUGACUUGUUCGAAAAGAAAAGUCGGAAAGAUUCUUGGGUCUUACCUCCCAGUUGUUGGAUUUAUACGUCAGUACAAGUUGAAGCAAUAUAUUCUUGGAGAUGCUUUGUCUGGCCUCACAGUCAGCUUCAUGCACCUUCCUCAAGCAAUGGGAUUUGGCAUUCUUGCUUCACUACGACCAGUCCAUGGCUUAUAUUCUACAUUCUUCCCGGUGCUUGUAUAUCUAUUGUUUGGAACAUCGCCUUAUAUAUCGUUUGGAACCAACGCUGUAAUGGCAUUGCUUACACAGACGGUGGUAGAAAGAGAAGCUGAUUCUUUCACUGCUUCAUUCAAAAGUAAUCAUAACGGAACUCUGCCUACUGAAGACGAGAUUAUGGACGUUAAAAUCGGUGCUUCAAUGGCGUGUUGUGUACUUGUUGGUAUAAUUCUAAUGGCAAUGGGACUUCUGAAACUUGGUAUAAUCACUUCGUAUUUGUCUGUUUCAUUUGUCGGUGGAUUUACUUCCGCAGCUGCAUUUCACAUCGCAUCCAGCCAAGUGCCUAAGAUAUUUGGAAUUAAGGUCAAGGCGUUUGCAGGAGCUGGAAAAUUGGUGCUUAUGUAUAUAGAUCUUUUCAGUAAAAUUGCAGACACAAAAGUAGUUGAAAUAAUUAUAGCAGUUAUUUGUAUGAUUGUGUUGUUGGUUGUGAAGAUAUGUAUCAAUGAGCGAUUCAAUAAAAAGAUGAAGAUGCCAAUUCCAAUUGACCUUAUUGUGGUAGUUAUUGCGACAUUUAUAUCACAUUUUGCAAAGUUUGAGGAUAAAUUCGAUGUAACAAUUGUUGGAGAAAUACCAAGCGGUUUCACAAGGCCGGCUGUACCUGACUUCAGUAACGCAAGUAAUUACAUGAGCGACGCUUUUGUCAUGGCGAUAUUGUCACUAGCUAUGAGUAUUUCAAUGGCAAAGCUUUGUUCAAACAAACACGGUUUACCAAUUGAUGAUAACCAAGAACUAAUUGCAUACGGUGCCGCUAAUUUUGUGUCAGGUUUCUUCCAUUGUUUCCCGCAAGCUACAGCGCCACCUAGGACGAUGAUUCUAAGUUCACUUGGUGCUAGGACGACGCUAAAUGCCAUCGCUACUUCCGUAUUUUUCCUGCUGGUGAUUCUUGUCAUUGGACAGUUAUUUGUGUCACUACCACUUAGUGUUCUCGCAGCAAUGAUUAUAGUUUCCAUGAAAGAUCUUCUCCUUCAGUACAGAAACCUACCACGAAUUUGGAAAAUAAACAAAUAUGACUUUAUUAUUUGGGUUGUGACAAACUCUGUUAGUAUUCUCGUUGACUUGAACUAUGGUAUCAUUGCUGGGGUUGGAAUCUCAAUCUUUCUAACCGUUAUAAUUGACCAAUUGUCGACUGGACAUUUGAUUGGCCUUUCCAAAUCGGAAGAUAUCGUGAUCAAAUAUACAGAUAAUACACAAGUAAGAGAUAUAAGCGGAGUUAAGAUCUUUAAAAUUCCAACAAAUUUAUAUUUUGCGACUGCUGAGAGGAUGAAGUUUCAGAUCUUCCGACAAGUUUUAAAUCCCAAAAAGUACCUGAAGAAAAUGCAGAAAUUGGAAAAUUUGGUUAAGAUAAUGGAUGAAGAAGAAGUCGCUGUAGGAGACAGCAAGUUUCUCGAGGAUGAGGGGAAAUAUACAGCAGAUCCUUUGGACAUACAACUGAAAUCGUUGGUACUUGACUUCUCAAAGGUACACUACAUCGAUAUGGCAGGAAUAGCUGCUCUGCAACAAAUCAUCAAAGAAUACACUACGGUAGAUGUCAGCGUUUACUUCGUUGCAAUCUCUGAAAACGUUGGUAAAACUUUUGAAGCUAGCGACUUUUUCGAGUCCUAUUCUCGGAGUAGCGUUUUCGUUGACGUGUUUGACGCAAUCUCAGUUCUCAGGUCGAAUGAAGCUGCGUCUGUUGUUUCAGCAAAAAUAUGAAAAUUACAUUACAACGGAAGUCGAGACAAUAUUGUCAUUACAUAAAUGAAAAUACAAAUAAUUAUACAGUGUCA